CCGGCAGCGGCAGUUUUAAAACACCACACCAUUUAGUCACUUGUAGCCAUUAAUGCUUUUCAUACUAUGUGUCUGAAGAGAAGAAGAAGAAGCCAAAGAAGAAGACGUGAUAACGACUAUAAGCUCAAGAAGUCUACUCCAGCAAUCAGUGAAAGAUAAGUUUCUACACAGUCUGUGGUGAAAAGAUCCAGACAGAUAAAGGGACGCUUAAGAAUCAUGUUAUAAGUCAGUACAGCAUUAUGGAGCUCGUCAUACACCUCUACCUUCUGUAUUGCCAAUUGCUGGUAUCAAAAAGUCAGGACUUGCUUCUUUUGUUGUCUGGGAACUUCUUAUUAAUUCCACACUGAGCAGGCAUAUUUUUUCCAGUAAGUUAUACGCCUACAAAAGCAUGAUUUCAAACGAAUUAUGUAACAAUGUCACCUGUAAUGACACGCUCACUGUGAAGGGGGAUGGCAAGCCAGUAACCAGCAUCAUCAUGUUUUUGGCUGGUGUAGUGGGGAACCUCCUGGCCCUCUUCAUCCUCGGUGUGCACCAGAAAGAGCAUCGCUCCAGGUCCUCUGUUUUCUGCAUCCUGGUGACUGGCCUGGCCCUCACCGACCUGCUGGGCACCUGCCUCCUCAGCCCACCUGUGUUCAUCUGCUACGCUCGCAACAUGUCCCUGAUAGGUCUGGGUGAAGCAAGACUGUGCAACCUCUUUGGCUUUGCCAUGAGUUUCUUCGGCCUUGCGCCCACACUCAUCCUGUGUGCCAUGGCUGUGGAGCGCUGCCUGGCCAUCAGUCACCCUUAUUUUUACUCUGUGCACAUACGCCGCAGCUUUGCCAAGUUCACCCUUUUCUUUAUAUACCUCUUUUCUUUGGCCUUCUGCCUCCUGCCAUAUAGUGGCUAUGGCAAAUUCAGACAAUACAGUCCCGGGACGUGGUGCUUCAUUGACAUGGAUGCAAAAGUGGGUGAAAAUGCUAACUUAGUGCUGGCCUUUUCUCUGUCCUACUCCUCACUCACGGCACUGCUAAUCUUGGCAGUAUUUGUGUGCAAUGGUUCAGUGAUUGUCAGCCUGUGUCAGAUGCAUCAGAACCAGAAGAUGCGGCGCAGUUCAGUUGGGUCAGGGGGGAGAAAGAGGAGGCUGAGCCUGGCCUGGUUUGGACAGAGGGAAGAGGAGAUGGACCACCUGGUGCUGCUGGCACUCAUCACUGUCAUCUUUGUGGUCUGCUCCCUGCCGCUCACUAUUGCAGGUUUUAUUAAUGCCAUUCAGCCAUUUCGUGACGACAGGGAGAACUUGACAGCCUUCCGCUUCUACGCCCUCAACCCCAUUGUGGAUCCCUGGGUGUUUAUCAUCUGCCGCAAGUCUGUGUUUCACCACCUUCGUUCUCUGCUGAGCUGCCGCUUUAGCAAAGGAGCCGUGAAGACUACAGCACAAUGUGCUCUAUCUUUACCCCUUGACAAUCACAUACAGAACAACCCCCCAGAUGUGAUAGUUCCACAGACCACCACGUACUCCAGUUUACCCCAGUGACCCACCAG